CGCCAGGGUCAGCGAGAAAGGUCGACGCUUGCAGGCCAUAGUGGUAGUGGCCCAGUAGGGUCUCGUCCGGCCCUAGUAGCUGUAGUAGCAGUCGCUCCGGCUCCGUCUCUGAGGCGCUAGGCCGCAGGUAGGAGCCCCGCAGCCCGUUCCCUGUUGCUUCCUCACGGACUCCACGUUCGUUGUGGAAGUCCCCGAGCCGCUGACCUAGGAGUUUGAGGCCGGACCAGACAGUUCCCUCUGUGGGGAGGGCCCUUUAGCCGGAGCCGGCCUCUCCCUGGAGACGAAGAGGAAGCCCAUGGGUCCCUCUCAAGCUCAGGCACGUCCCUCCCUUCAUGGCACAGGUCGAAGCCGGGCCAUAGGACCUAAUUUCCUAGGUGACGCUCCGGGCCUCUUUUCUCUACUUGACUGCACUGCUUCCUCCUCCGACUUCGGAGUCGGGAGUAAAUAAGAAGUCUCUGGUAUAAUAUUCAUUUUGCCAAUGAGGAAACUGACCGAGAAGAGGUUGAUUUUUCUCAAAGUUACACAGCAAAAAGAGCCUGGAAUAGGAUCUUGGCCCUUCUGACUCUCAGGAGCAGGAUGUAUACACUCCUGUCAGGGCUUUAUAAAUACAUGUUCCGGAGAGAUGAAUACUGCAUCCUAAUCCUGGGGCUGGACAAUGCAGGAAAGACGACUUUCCUGGAGCAAACGAAAACCCGAUUUAACAGAAACUACAAAGGGAUGAGUUUAUCCAAAAUCACCACUACAGUGGGCCUGAAUAUUGGAACUAUUGAUGUGGGCAAAGCUCGACUUAUGUUCUGGGAUUUAGGAGGGCAGGAGGAAUUGCAGUCUCUCUGGGACAAGUACUAUGCUGAGUCCCAUGGGGUCAUCUAUGUCAUUGAUUCUACAGAUGAGGAGCGGCUCUCAGAAACCAAGAGAGCAUUUGAGAAAAUGAUCACCAGUGAAGCCCUGGAGGGGGUCCCUAUCUUGGUCCUGGCCAAUAAGCAGGAUGUAGAGACCUGCUUAUCCAUCCCUGACAUCAAGACUGCAUUCAGUGAUUGCAUUAAUAAAAUUGGAAAGAGAGACUGCCUGACACAGGCUUGCUCAGCUCUCACAGGCAAAGGGGUGAAUGAGGGCAUCGAGUGGAUGGUGAAGUGUGUCGUGAGGAAUAUCCACCGCCCCCCACGGCAGAAGGACAUCACGUAAGGCUGGAGUAGCACCGCUGCUGUGCUUGGACAGCUGCCCCCAGCGCAGAUUCCACCUACCCUUCUUGUCCAGGGAACAGGGCCAGGACCUUGUCAUCAAUUGGAUUCUUUUCAUUUGGAUUUUUUAUUUUGUUUUUGUUUUUUCCUAAGACAAACUUUUAUCUCCAUCCAGAAAAAAAGUCAUCUUGAGGAUUCUACUUGGGGGUUGGAGAGGGAAAAAAAGGGAGGAUGUUGGGGGAGAGUUUCUCUAUGACCAAACACAAGACCCUCCUGAAUGGGAAAUGGAGGACCAACACUUCACCUGGAGCACAGGCACUGUCAGGUGUCAUGAGUGACUUUACCCAUACCACCAUGAGGUGUGGCCGUAUACUCCUCAGUUGCUCAGGGGAGCUGGUGGAGUAUUUUUGGUUAAUGACCUAAAUUUAGUCCUUCAUCUUUUAAGACCAAACAUGAAAAACUGGCUCAGGCUAGUCCGUGGUGUGAGUAUUGAUGAGGGGUUGUGAUAGGCAUAUAAGGCAGUGGUUCUCAUCUGCCCUGAAACCCUAGUUUUCUUAGGUUUAUUUGGCUGAGUUCUGGCUGGAGCGGCUACCCUUUGGCUUUAAAUCCUUGUAUUUUCUAAUAACUUCCCCAUUGCCCCUUCCUGAGGGUAAUGGCCUGUGCUUGGUUCCCCAGCCUGUCACAGGAUGAUGAACCACUAACAUUGUCAUCAAAAGUAGGCAGAGGUGACCCUCGUUAUAAGGCCCCACACUGAGGUGACACAUUUUUUGCUGCUCAUAGCAGCUGUACUAGGUAAUAUAUAAAAAAUGGACUCCAAGGAAAAGGUUGGAUACUUUGAGCCAAAACCGUUCCAAAACAGUUGACACUUCUUUGCAGCUGCUUUUCCGGCAGAUACCACCUGCUCACCUCUAACAGCAUUCGACUCUUAAUCCUGCUUUGGCUUCUAGGGCCCCAACCCUGGGGUCCAGAAUAGGUAGUUGAAAUAACUUGUUCAAACCUGGCCCAGGUGCAGGCUCAUAAGCCAUAAAUGGUUGUGGAGUUUUCCAGGAAUUGUGGGUGUUGUUGAAGAGCAGCCUUCGCUGUUUCCACAUAGAAAUUAGCUCCAGAAAAUCCAGGUCAUUGACCAAAUUGCAGUGUUGCCCAUAGCAAAAGCAGUGAGAGAUAGGAAAUCCUUCCUAGAGUUUCAUAGAAAGCUUAGAUGGAAAGCUAUCCUAGCCAGCUGACUGACCUUGAGUGUCUGUCACAGUUUUUCUUUGUAAGACCUGAAGCAGCUGAGGAUCAGUAGUGCCAACUAGAAUCAGCCUAGGUUGGCCAGCCUCCCUAUCUUCCUGUUGUUAAUGCUUUUCUCAUUCUGAGGGUUUUGACUUUACUCUGGAGGUAUCCCUUAGUGUGAUCCCUUAGAGCCUCUUAUAAGAGGGCUUGGGCAGCUAGCUGUUGGCAUAAGAGCUGAUAACUUAUGGAGCCACUUGCCUAGAACUUGUAUUAACAGUGGCAGAACCACAAAGCUGCCCUUCUCUCAUACUUCCAGGUCCAGCUGAGAAGUCAACCUCUUGGGUGUCACUCUUAGAAUGUCUGCAGGGAAAUGGAAGGCAAGCAGGUACUUAGGGAGAAGUUUUUCUUUCUUCUCAGGCUAGACUUAUGUGGCGGCUUGAAUAGAGAAGAUGAGCAAGUAGCGUAAUGCCAUUGGUUACCUUUAUUACAGCUGAUUUUAGCCUCCCAAAAAGGUGCAGAAAGAGGGCUGAUAUAGGAAAGCCAAGGACAAGGCGACGUAGGCUCUUGCUUCCUACUUUGUGGGGUCUCUGCCUCUGUAGCCUGAAUACUAAGUUGUGCAUCAGGCUGGGUCAGUACUAUGCCCCGGUAGAUUUCAGUCAACAUUCUCUCUUAAUUUAUUUUGCUACAUGUAGACCAUUUAUAGGGUAAAGUAAAGGGGUGGGCAGUGACCUAUAGUCAGUCCUUACAGGGUAUGGCCUUGGCCACAAUGGACCUGUUGGGCAAUCUGCAAGCUACAGGCAUGAAGUAUGUCUGAAUUAAGCCAAUUCAAACCCCAGCCUACUGUCUAUUAUCCACUAGGGUCUGUUUCUCUUGUGAUUUACUUCCUUUAGAAUCCAGUGCAAGAUAAGCACAUCUCCAAGCUGCAGUCUAUAGGCUUCUUUGCUUUUUAAUUUAGAAAAGUUAGCGUAUAGAAUCAGGAAGAAGCAAAACUUUACCUGCUUCCCUUUCCUUGUAGUUUAAGGAUUUUGAACUGAAUAUUUUCCUUCAGUUCUGAUGCUAAUUGAGUGAUCUCUGUAGCUGCUACUUCUUGAACUGAGUCAGAGGAAAAGAAACAUGGUUCCGAGAUCCUAUAACAUCCCUGCAUGAUCUUGGGAAAAAUUCCCUCUGAUGUAAGGUUUCUCUGUCAUAGAGGGGGUUAUGAUCUGGCCCAGGGAGGGCCAGUUAUCUGUAACUUCUUUGCAGAUUGGUGAUGAGAGAGUUAAUGUUUACUAAGAACUUUGAGAUCCUGAGUGGGGAGAAAGCUGCCCAAACUGAAAGUAAGCACACUCCAAAAACCAAAGUAGGAUUUGUUCUUUUACGUUUCCUUUGAGGGAGGAGUUUGACAUACUUCAUGUUUGUCUUUAGGUCAUGUUUGCCCCUGUUGGAACAUCAUGUUCUUCACGUUACAUGGUAAUGAGAGAAUAUGCUUGUGCAGAAAUCCCCUUUAUAAAUAGAUCUGGCAAAGUUAAAUGUGCUACAUUUCUUCUUUUUUGUACAGUGAACCCUGGGUGAGUUGGGAGGGAAUGGGAUAGGAUAUAUUCUGUGGGGCUUCUGUCCAUUAGUAAGAAGCAACGCCAACGGUUCAGUUGAGGUUAGAGAGAUCUGUGAAGCACUGUAUCUGCUCUAUCCUCCAUACUCCAAAUCCCACUGCUUCAGAGAUCCAGAGGAUUCCUAUAGAUUUGGCUUCUAUAGCCAGUCCAGUAGUGGUAUGGCUCAGCAGCUCCAGCUCAAUGUAGGUUAAAAGAGGGUCAGCAUUAGAGUUAGGGUCAGGAUCAGGCUUCAGAAUCAGGACCUAUCAAGAUGAGAGGAAAGUGCUUCACACUUUGUUUGCUUUGGCCAAAGAGAUGGCAGUUUGAGGCUUGUCCUGAAGCAUGGCUGGGUAAAAACUCUAAAUCAUCCUUCUACCAAAGUCUAAAUAUCCAUGUUUCCCAUUAAAUACCUCCUUGCUUUGAUGAAAUGAGACUUGUGACUCAGUGGAGAAGCCUCUCUAAUAUGGCUAUUACUGAGGACUUUCUAGUUUUCCUCAAAAUAUUUUAGGAUUCUCCCCCUUGCCACUUACCCCAUCCCACUCCUUGAUUCUUGGACUAAUCCAAACCAAAUAGCAACUCCAUAGCAUAAACAUCCUCUCUUCCUUUGGAAAUUCCAGCCUAGCCUUUGCAGCUGCUGGGUUGGAACUCCCUAUCCCCUGUUUUGGUCCUGUUCUAAUUUAUGAAAACUUGGACUCUUUUAGAGUACCUGAUGGAGCCUCUUUGCCCUGAGGCCCUCACAACUGUAGCUUUUUGGUCAUAGUUAUCCAGGCAACUGUAACUGGCUUAAGGAAAAAUUGAAAAAAGAUCUGACCCUAGUAUCUCUGAGGACUUAGUUCUUUCACACAGCAGCUACUCUUGACUUAACGAUUGAGAGAUCAGUGAUGGUUCCCAGUGUGCUGAUAUCCAUUCCCCAGCAGUAUUUAGCAGAAGUUUGGCUGGAUGCUUAUUUGUCCAGCCUUAGGCUUAAGUGCUUGUGGUCACAGAGCCAUAUUCUCCCUGCCCACUGACACCUUCAUCUUGACCACUAAGCAGGCAGGGGUCUGGCCACUGAUUGUUGGCCACCACUCUUGAGGUGUUCCAAUUGUCUUUAAUCCCUAGUGAUUCUCUGUGUUUGGAAAAAUAAAAAUCUGAUCAGGAAUA